UCUCGAUGAAGACGAGGUUAAGAUUCCAGAUGGUUUUCCCGUUCUUAAUUUCCAUCUUUGAUCGGCUCACUGACCGGUGGCCGAUUCUCACUUACGCUGCCGCCUGGACGACUAUCUUAACAGCUCUUGUCGCCGUCGCAUCAUUCGCGCCGGAGGCUGCGUUCGUGUGGGCGAUCAAUCCGAAUUCCUCCUUCUCCAGGCCCUGUGGAACUGGAUUCGGACCGGAUGGCUUAGUGCGGAUACCCAUCGACAUUCCGAGCGAGAUCCUCUGCUUCCCGGCUCACAUGUUCAGCCGCUCGAAACUAGAUAUUAUGGUUCCGCCAAUAUUCGCGGCUGUGAUUGUUACAGCCUCGGCUUUUGCAGUCCGAGCGAUGGGAUUGUGUGAAGUAGAAGAGGGUUUGGAGUAA